AUUCAGUUGCUAUAGCCAAGUAAAAUAAAUACACAUGAAAAGUUGAUUUCAGGAUUAUGAUAUUUACUUUUCAGAUGGCUAGCAUGCAAUUCAGUUCAUUAAUAAAACAAGUUAACAUAAACAGAUACUCCCUUAUGUUUUUAGCGAAUAAAGUUUUUAGCACUAUUCAGAGUUUACUUUUCUUACCCAUGGUCAUGACCGAUGUGUAUUUUGUGUUGCACGAACAAUUAAACUUUUUAAAUGAUCAAGAUGUAUACACUUUAUGCCUUGCAAAUGGUAUUUUCUUCCACAAAAUGUACUUCCACCGAAAGCAACACAUACACAAAAUUUUUAAAACACGUCAUUGAACAUAUUCAAUCAUAAAGUAAACGCUGAUAAGUCAGAUAAGGGCUUUGAAUAAGUAGAACAUUAAUGACAUUAAAUUUCACCUUGUCCUUUUCAUGUAGGUUCUCUUUGAACACAUUCUUUAAAAAGUGUGUCUAUGAUUUAAACAUAAUUCGGACACAGAUACUACUCUCCUUUCCUCCAAUGUCAGUAUUCUGAAUGAAUGUCUUUGUCUACAGAAAUGGAGCAAACAUCAGGAUUCUUCACUACUAUGACGUCAAUGCAAGAUAUGGGUUUGGAUUUUCCUGGACAAAUAUAAUCUCACUGUUUUCCCCUCCAGCUUCAUUCCACGAUGAACAUCUCAACAUUCACUCUGAAUCUCUCCAGUUUGACUAAUGCGACAGAUGUUCCUGAUACUGGUCCGGUCACAUGGAGAAUGGCCAUGAUUACACUUGUAACAGUCCCACUGUCUCUCAUCACCAUCAUUGGCAACAUCCUGGUCAUGAUCUCAUUCCGGGUCAACCCACUCCUGAGGACAGUAAGUAACUACUUCCUCUUAAGCUUGGCUGUGGCCGAUGUCAUUUUGGGCGCCGUUUCCAUGAACCUCUACACUACCUACAUCCUCAUUGGCCGAUGGACUUUAGGAAACCUGGCCUGCGACAUCUGGUUGGCGGUGGAUUACGUGGCAAGCAACGCGUCCGUUAUGAACCUGCUGGCCAUCAGCGUUGACCGCUACCUCUCUGUUACGAGACCUCUGACGUACCGGGCUACUAGAACGCCCAGAAGAGCCGCAGUGCUGAUCGCCCUGGCAUGGGGCGUCUCAUUUGUGCUUUGGGCACCAGCCAUUCUGUUCUGGCAGUAUAUCGUGGGUGAAAGGACUGUUCCGGAAGAUGAGUGCUCGGUGCAGUUCUUAUCUCAGCCCGUGAUCACUUUCGGAACAGCCAUCGCUGCCUUUUACCUGCCAGUGAGCGUCAUGGUUGCGUUGUACUGGCGGGUGUACCGUGAGACAGAGAAACGCUCCCAACAGCUGGCCGGGUUGAUAGCAUCACAGGGGAGAGACGCUGGAAACACAUCUCAGAGAUCUUGUACUGAUUCCAGCAGCGUUGAAGAUGUCAGACAGCAGACAGACGAGAGCCAGCACAGCAAGAAAACAAGAACCAUCUGUCCCACCAUCACCCACCGAACCGCAGCAUGGUGGAAGAAAAGAGAGAGGGUCAAGAUGGCCAACUCAGACACAACACACAACCAUCCACAGAUACACAUUUCUCAAAUACCAGAUGAAGAUGACAACAAAUACAUUCCACUCGUUCGCAUGGAUGAGACUUCAGUCCUUACUGUACAAGAUACGGACUGUCAAUCAGACAGCCAGCAUUCACUUAAUUUGCCUAUCAGGCCUGUAACCACAAGUAAUGGUACGUCCACACAACCCCGUUCUCCUCCCCUGACCACAGGUCCACGCUGUCUGAAAACUCGAACCUCGUCUCUGAUCAGGGAGAAGAAAGCCGCCCGGACCCUCAGUGCCAUCCUUCUGGCUUUCAUUGUAACAUGGACACCUUAUAACAUCAUGGUUCUGGUUUCGACUUUUUGUGAUGACUGUGUUCCCGAGGGUCUGUGGCAGCUGGGUUACUGGCUGUGUUAUGUCAACAGCACGGUCAACCCCGUCUGCUACGCGCUCUGCAACAGACACUUUCGGGUCACGUUCAAGGCUCUGCUGCUUUGUAGGUGGAAGGAGCAGAGGAAGGGAAUCAGAUGGACCCCAACAGGAAAUGGCUGAUUUAUUCAAACAGCUGGAUUCUCAAAGCAUUCAAUGGGCAGUUCAGCGAGGAUUGACCUGUCGUGAGUUCAGGAGAAUCACUCAUUUUAUUCAAGUGCUUGUGGAUUCUCCAAGAUCCAAGAGAUGCAUCAAGUGUAUCCUAUGUUCAGCUUGUCUAUGCAUUGUGAAAUCAGAGUUUUCACAGGGAAGGUAGCAGUCUUCGGGUCUCUUGAGAUUUCUCGGCACAGCUGAGAAAUACAAAUGUAGCAUUUGAUCAAGUAUUUUACUGUGAUGCAAAUGUCAAUAAUAAGUUCUCAAAUGUAUGAGUCUUGUAUAGUGAUAGCAGUGACAGCAUUAUGACAUGAUGUAUAUAUAGUCUAAAACUAUUUCAAACUGCAUUUCAUUUAUUGUUGUGUAUUACUAUUAACAGUUUUGGGUCACAUUGGAUAUUUGUGCUGAAGAAAAUAAUAUGUAGCAUUUUUUUAAUUUAAUUUGUAAUGACAGCAUGCACACAGACUGCAAAAAAAGACAUUUUGUAUAUUUGUCUUGUUUUAAAAAAAUCUAAAGUGACCAUGCUAAAAAUAUCUGGGGUACAGCAAGUUAUGCCAUAUAUUUCUUGUUUUACGCAUAGUCACUUUUGAUUUUUUUUUCAGAAAACAAAACUUAAAAGCUAAGGUAAUUUACCUGCUUCUCAUGUAAAUGUGUCUUGAUUUAAAAAUCUUUAGAUAUUAGUACUGAAAAUAAGACAUUUUUGCACUAUAGAGCAUAACCUAUAAUUUACAUAACUGAUCAUCUUUUUCAUUA